AUGGAUUAUGGUUAUCUUUGCACAAUAGUAGAUCAUUCUAAUGAACCAAUAAUUGGAUACUGUUUCAAUUAAGAAUGUGAUAAACCUAAAUAAAUAUGUUUUGAUUGUUUUUCUAAAUAACAUUCUAGACAUUAAAGUGAUUGUUUGAGAUUCAAUCAAAUUAUAUAAAUGUUAUCUGAUUGCACUCUUAUCUUACAAAAUUUAGAAUAAUCAGAAUAAAAUAAAAUGUAAAUUAUAAUAGAUUAAUUCAAAAAAAAUAUGAAAUUCAUCUCAAGUGAAAAAGAUAGGUUGAUUAAAUUACAAGCAUAAUUGAGAAAUCAAGACUGUUCAUAAAUUCAAAAUCAAUUAGAAUAAUUAAAAUAAUGGAGAAACGUUACUUUGAAUAAAUCUGUAAAAAACAACAAUAUAGGUAUAUAUUUUAUUCUAUUUUUUAGGUAUUUAAUUAGAUGAGAUAAAAAAAUUUGAAAAGUCUUUUGAUUAGUUUUUUUAACCAUAUUUGAAUUCUCAGACUAUUUCAAUUAAACCAUUAGAAUAAAUUUCACAAAGUUCUAUGGAAAGAUAAAAUAGUAAUAAAACUUAAGAAUAAAAAAAUCCACCCUAAAAUGUAAAUUAAGAACAUCUAGCAUUAGAGUGUCUAACAUCAGGUUAAAUUAUAAAUUUAUUUUAGCUGUUGAUUUAUAUAAACAAAAUAAUUUCUAGGAUGCUUUAAAUUUUAUUAAUUAAGCUUUGAAAAUUAAUUCCAAUCUUGAGUAAGCAUAUUUGAUAAAGGGUAAUAAAAGUUAAUCUAAAAAUUAGGUCUUUCUUUAUUGCAUUUAGAGUAGUAUGAAGAAGCAGUAGAUUGCUUUAAUGAUUGUUUAAGAUUAGAUUUAAAGAUAGAAACAGUAUAUUAUCACAAAGGUAAGAAUUAGAAAUUUAAAUUAAUAGGUUUCUGCUUAUCAGCCCUUGAACAUUUUGAUGAAGCUAUUUAAAGUUAUGAUAAAGCUUUAGAACUUAAAGUUGAUCCAGAUUUUUAUCUGAAGAAAGGUUAUUUGUUAUUAUAAUUUUUAGCUUAAGCUUUAUAUUAAUCAUAAAAAUACGACAAAGCACUUGAAAUUAUAAAUAAAGCUCUAGACAUAAAUACUAAAUAACAAUAUUUGUAAUUGAAAGGUAAUUUUUUUAAUAAAAUUAAAGGGGCAAUUUUACAUAAAUUAGGAAAUUCUGUUUAAGAAUUAAAUUGUUAUUUAGCAGCACUUGGAUUAGAUUAAAAUUCAUCCUCAAUAAAUCAUAAUAUUGGUAUAAAAUUUGCUUAUCAAAAAGGAGUUGCUUUACAUUCUUUAGAAAGAUAUUAAGAAUCUUUGAAGUAUUUUGAUGCUGCUUUAGCCAUUGAACCUAAUUCACCUGAUUCAUUAUAUUAAAAAGGUUAUAUGAAUUAUAAUUUUAGGCAUCACUUUACUAUCUUUAGAAAGAUAUUAAUAAGCAUUAGAAUGUUUUGAAUCUGCAUUAAAGUAUGUAGAGAAACCAGAAUAUUUAACUAAUAAAGGUAUUUAAUUAUUAAUAAUUUAAUAGCUAAAACAUUAAACUUUCUAAAGAGAUAAAAUGAAGCACUAUAGAUUUUUGAAUAUGUUCGUUAGAAAUUUGGAGAAUGA